AUGAAUAGCGAUGAAAUAAUUUCUGUUGUUGCUGAUAUUGGUAAUCUCUAUACAAGAGCUGGAUUUACAGGAGAUGACUUUCCAAGAUGGAAUACUUUCACAAAAUGUACAGAAAAUAUUCAAUUUGGAGAUGAAGCAUUAGGGUAUGGCAAUGGUCAGGUCUUAGAUAUAUUAUAACCAUUUAAUCCAGAUUUAUAUGAAAAUCUAUUAAAAAAGAUGUUUGACAAACUUGGAGUUUAAACUAAGGAUUAUAGUUUAUUGCUUGCUAAUAAUUUCUAAACUAAACAUGAUUUAUAGAAAGUAGCGGAAAUUUUAUUUGAAAGUCUAGAAAUUCCAAAUUUCUUCACAAUUAGAAAUGCAGCUUUAUCAACAUUUUCAGCAGGUCGUUCUACAGCCUUGAUUUUAGAUAUAGGAGCAUAUUCAACUACUGCAUCUGCUGUACAUGAUGGAUAUACAUUAUUAAAAACUCAAAUUUAAGCACCAAUAGGAGGUGAAAUACUUAAUGAACCAUUUAGAUAAUUUGUUACAGGAGAGUUUAAUCAAUUUAAAAAAACAUGUUUAGCGAGAGAUAUUAAAUAGGGUUUAUUAACAUAUGAGUAAAUUGAUUAAACUUAACAAUAUGAAUUACCAGAUGGAAAGUUUGUUUAAAUGUAAUAAGCUUAACUUUCUGAGAUAGCAGAUAAAUUAUUUAAUAGUAAUGAAAACUUCAAAGGAAUUCAACAUAUGUUAUUAGAUAUAAUUAAUAAUUCUGUUAAUGAUAUGAAAUAAUAGUUAUGUUCAACUGUAAUAUCAACAGGAGGAUCAUCUAAUAUUCCGGGAUAUUUGAAUAAAUUAUAAACAACUUUAUCUGCUUUAGCACCUCCAAUGUGUAAAAUAAAAUUAGUAAUGUAUCCAUCUAAUGUAAGUAUUGAUUAAACAUUAUUAGUAAAAUCGUAAUCAUUCUGUAUUUAUUGGUGGAUCAAUUUUGGCAUCACUUAGUUCUUUCUAAUCUCUUUGGGUAGGAAAGAAUGAAUACUAAGAAUCUGGGAGAUUUAGCAUAAUAGAAAGAAAAUGUCCAAAUUGA